UGAGAACAUUGCACUUGCAGUUCAGAACUAAACGCUGUCAUAAUUAAAAUUAACCUUACUUUUUAAUCCACGUUUAUAUACUUGCUAUCAUAUCUUUAAUUAAAUUAUUUGCCCUUGUUUUAUUCGAGAAUGAAUAAUUCGGUUUCAGAUAUCGAAAAGCAAACUCACUGUGCCGAGCUACAGCUUAAACUCUUAAAGAGAGAUAUUGAAGAAUUGCAACAAGGGAUAAAUGAAAAAAUUGUCAUUUCCAAAUGUGAUGAUGAACUCUUAAAGCUUCAAACAGAGAACUCCAAGCUAAAGCAUCGCUUGAAGAUCUUACAAAGGGCAAUUGAAAAAUAUCCAUCAAAUGUUCAAUAUACGGAAAUGGAGAGCAUACAGGGAAUAUUAACUAAUUCUUUCUCGAAAGCUAUUGAGGAAGCUUUCCCUGAUCUAACUGAAGCUCCAGUAGUUAUUAGUUUAUCUGGAAAUAAUGUGAAAUUUGGUGAUUACCAAUGUAACUCUGCAAUGCCAAUAUCUAAUUUACUGAAACAAAUUGGAAAGAAAAUUUCACCUCGUGAUGUUGCAAAUGAUAUUCUCAAACAUUUAUCACCUCAUGAGUGUAUUGAGAAAUUAGAAGUUGCUGGUCCUGGAUUUAUUAAUAUUUAUCUUAAUAGACAGUAUGGACUCUCUAGGUUAUCAACUAUAUUCUCUCACGGUGUUAAACCACCAAAACUUGAAAAAGCCUUGAGAGUUAUUGUAGAUUUUUCAUCCCCCAAUAUUGCUAAAGAAAUGCAUGUUGGACAUUUGAGAUCUACCAUAAUUGGCGAGAGUAUUUCACGUUUGUUUGAAUACCUUGGCCAUGAUGUCCUUCGGUUGAACCAUGUUGGAGAUUGGGGUACUCAAUUUGGUAUGCUUAUAGCUCACUUGAAAGAUAGAUUUCCAGAUUACCUAGAGAAAUCACCACCAAUUGAAGACUUACAAACAUUUUACAAAGAGGCUAAAGUUCAUUUUGAUAAUGAUCCAGAAUUUAAGAAAAGGGCUUAUGCUAGUGUUGUGAAGUUGCAAUCUUUCGAAGAAGAUCAUGUGAAAGCAUGGAAAAUGAUAUGUGAUGUUUCUAGGAAAGAAUUCCAAAAAAUUUAUGACCGAUUAGGUAUAACAGUGGUAGAAAGAGGUGAAUCAUUUUACCAGAAACAUAUGGAGGAAAUAGUGAAAAAAUUGUCUGAAGAAGAAUAUUUGAUUGAAGAUGAAGGAAGAAAAAUUCUUUGGGGGGAAGAACCUGGUGUAGGAAUACCUAUGACCAUAGUUAAAUCUGAUGGUGGUUUUACUUAUGACACUUCUGACAUAGCAGCAAUGAAACACAGAAUUCAGGAUGAAAAAGCUGACUGGAUAAUAUAUGUAACUGAUGCAGGACAAGCUACACACUUCCAGACAUUGUUCAAAUGUAGCAAAAAAAUUGGAAUAGUUGAUCCUGAAAAACACCGUUUAGACCAUGUUGGUUUUGGAGUUGUCUUAGGUGAAGACAAAAAAAAAUUCAAGACCAGAUCUGGAGAUACAGUGCGUUUGGUUGAUCUUCUUGAUGAAGGACUCCGACGGGCUUUGGAUAAAUUGAAAGAGAAGGAUAGACAUACUGUUUUAACAGUAGAUGAGUUAGAAAAAGCACAAACGUCAGUAGCUUAUGGCUGCAUCAAGUAUUCGGAUUUAUCUCAUAACCACAAUCAUGAAUAUGUUUUUUCAUUUGAUAAAAUGUUAGAAGACAAGGGUAAUACUGCUGUAUAUUUACUUUACGCAUAUACUCGCAUUAAAUCUAUAGCAAGAAAUGCAAAUUUCUCACCCGAGGAUAUAAAGGAAUUGUCUAAGAAAUAUUCUAUAUCUUUAGAACAUGAAAAAGAGUGGAAAUUAGGCAAGGUUCUUCUUCGUUUUCCAGAUGUCCUUUUCAAAAUCACUAAAGAUUUAUACUUGCAUUGCCUAUGUGAAUACGUUUAUGAAAUUGCUACUACAUUCACAGAGUUUUAUGAUGCUUGCUAUUGUAUCGAAAAAGAUUCUUCAGGAGAUAUUGUCAAAAUAAACCAUGGAAGAAUUUUAUUAUCAGAAGCAACAGCUUUAGUAAUGGAGAGAUGUUUUAAUAUUCUUGGAUUAAAUCCUGUUGAGAAAAUGUGAUCCAAUGUUUUAUUCAAUAAAUGACUUGAGAAAAA